CAUCUCAGCACAGAGGUAUACUAUCAAACACCGGUCUAGUUACUAACAAGAACAUAUGCAUUUUCCAGAAGUACUUUAGGUCGUGAAUGGCAGUUAUCACUCUUGUAAACCUAUUAUUUGUGCGCGAUUUACAGCAUGACCGUCGAGGCGAUGCUGGGGUAGAAUGAUAAACAUAGGGGGCAGUGAGACCCAGUGGCAUUUUUCAUAUAACGAACACCCCCAUCAGGACAGGGGAAUACGGUCGACUUCGUUUCUAUUUCUAGAGUGAGCUGAUUCAGACACGGAGAGCGUCCAACUUGGAAUGACAAUUCUAGAGCCACACUCCAGAGGACAAAAAGGGGCUUAAAGGAAACUGAAAUAAAACAAAAACGGUAAAAUGGAUAAUAACUUACAAGAAGAUGGUGACAGGAUCGAGUCCGAGAUUUCUAUCACAGAGUCACAGGAUGACCCAUCUGGGGAAGAUGUUAACGACGAGGAAGAUGAGGUCGAGGAGCUCCGCAACAGUUUAAAGCAGAUAGUGCAGGAUGAAUCUGUAAAGCCAAAGCUCCAGUGUGUCAUGAUGGACCCCUCCUUCUCCAUGGUGACAGUGCAGAGCGAGGACAGUGGGAUUGUGUGGGAGACGGCCUCCAGUCGCUGCUCCACCCCCUGGGCCUCUGAAGCCAGCUCCACGUCAGAGGCCUACAGCCUGGAGGGCUCUGGAACUCAGGGAAAAAUUGUGAUCAUCAUGGACGAGGACAAAAUCAUCAGGAAAAGGAAAAAAAAGAGCGGCAGAGGCAAGCUUGGAGAAAGAUUGAAAAGGCCAUCUUCCAGAAAUUUCCCAGGUGGAAACGAAAGACCAUUGAUGACGGAGGUUUCUGUGCCUAAUGUAAGACCUGCAAACACAGAUGAAAAUGGUGAGUCGAAAAUGGAUAAAGAACAGGAGUUAUUUAGCCUUGUCUCUGAGGGCUAUGAGAUACUUAACAUUGUAGUACCUUCAAGACUUCCUACAGUCGAUGAAGAGGACAGCACUGAACUGGCAGAUAACUUAUCUUACUUGGAGGAGAACCCAAGGAUUAAAUCAACUCCAAAAUAUGAACAAACACAAGAAGAAACACAAGCAAUGGAAAGCAGUGCUAACAUUAUUCAAAUAGAAGACAACGGCCAGGUAAUAAUACAAGUGGAAACCGUUAAUGUUGAGCCCUCUAUCCCUGCCUCUACUGAGGACACAGCUGAUAAAAAGAAGGAUGGAACCACUGACAUGGAUUAUUUUGAGAAAUUUACAUUGUUGGAUGAGCAUAUUCCGGGUGAAAGUGUCGACGCAGAGGAGAAACUGGAAAUGAGUGAAACUGAAGCAAACAAAACUUCCCAAAAUCACGAGAAAGCUGCCGAUGGCCUGUCUGAUGACACCUUUGUUUUUGUUACUGACGUUGAAAUAGCGAGCGAGCAUCUCGAUGAAGUGUUUUAUGGCAGUGGACGCGAUGACGAACAUGACGUCAACAGGCAAUUUGAGAAUGAGGAAGAAGACAGUGUAGACGAGAGAGAACCCUCAAAAUGUCCUGUGAAGGAGAGUGGUUCAGCCUUGUUUGGCAGUGAAGAGACUAUUCUUACACCAAUUUUCCUGCCCUCGGGACCACCCAAAAUCAUAGAUCCCAUUCUUCUUGAGGAGCCGCCUGCAAUGUCAUUCCACUACACAGAUCUCUACGAGGAUGCGGUGGGUGUUAGAAAGAAGGAGGAGGAAUUUUCGGACGUGGAGAGUGUGGUCUCUGAGAAGUCUUUCCAAAGACGGCUGUCUGACUCUGACGAUGCAAGCGGGUAUUUGGAAAAGUUUAUUUUGAAAGACGAGACUCCUGUGACUGAGGAAGUGCCUGUUGCAGAUGAUCCUCCUGAAGGGGGCAGAUUGAUAUGGUCACAAAGCGAAUUUGAGCUCACGGGCUGCCUAACGCGUGUAGAGGAAGAGGAUGAUAUUAAGGAGGAAAAAGAAAAGGGAGAAAGUACAGAAAGUUUUAGGAGAAGCCCAAGUCCACGUGAAGUCUGUGAGUCAGUCAACAAGAUGUCGGAGGACAAAACCGAAGAUUCAGAGAUGGCUAUUCAGCAGGAGGAAGUAGACAUGACAGGGAGAAAGAGUCCAGAGGUGUGUGAUGUUGAAAAACCAGUUGAGGAUAAGGAGAAAGAGAUUGAGAGCACUCAGCCUUCAGAUCGUCUGGCAGAGAAGGAAAUAGAAUUUCAACCUGAAGAAAUAUCUGAGAAAAAAGCCAGUGUUAAGGAAACUGUCACAGAUACAACAGAAGGACUAGAGGUAGCUAUAAGUCCUGAAACCAUAUGUGAGGAAAUAGCCCCCAGCAAAGAAGAAAAUCUGAUAAAAUCUGAUGAAGCUGCAGUAGAUCAGGAGACUGAAAUUAUGGAUCAAGAAAUAGCCCCUGAAAUUAUAGUCGUAACAUCUGAAGAAACAUGUGAACAAAUAGCCAGUGGCAGGGAAUCUGUAGAAGAUACAAACAAGGAAUCAGGUAUAGCUCACUGUCUCGAAAGCGCAGUCCCAGACACUGAUGGAAUUAACAGAACUAAAGGGGAGGCUAUAGAUCAGGAGGUUGCAAUUAUGCAGCAAGAAAUAGUCCCUGACUUGACAAUUGUUAAGCCAGAAGAGACCUGCGAGGAAGUAGUCACUGAUGAGGAAAUUGCCAAAGAAAAGGUGGAAGAAUCAGUAAAUAUUGAGAGGAGUGAAAGUGUACAUGAGGAAAUUGUCACUGACAGUGAAACUAUUCAGAUAGAAGCAGUCACUGAUGAGGAAAUUGCCAAAGAAAAGGAGGAAGAAUCAAUAGAUUUUGAGAGGAGUCAAAGUGUACAUGAGGAAAUUGUCACUGACAGUGAAAAUAUUCAAAUUAAAACAGUCACUGAUGAGGAAAUUGCCAAAGAAAAAGAGGAAGAGUCCGUAGAUGUUAAAAAGAGUGAAAGUGUACGUGAGGAAACUGUCACUGACAGUGAAAAUAUUCAAAUUAAAACAGUCACUGAUGAGGAAAUUGCCAAAGAAAAAGAGGAAGAGUCCGUAGAUGUUAAAAAGAGUGAAAGUGUACGUGAGGAAACUGUCACUGACAGUGAAAAUAUUCAAAUAGAAGCAGUCACUGACGAGGAAAUUGCCAAAGAAAAGGUGGAGGAAUCAGUGGAUGUUGAGAGGAGUGAAAGUGUACAUGAGGAAAUUGUCACUGGCAGUGAAAAUAUUCAAAUAGAAGCAGUCACUGACAAGGAAAUUGUCAAAGAAAAGGUGGAAGAAUCAGUAGAUGUUGAGAGGAGUGAAAGUGUACACAAGGAAAUCGUCACUGACAGUGAAAAUAUUCAAAUAGAAGCAGUCACCGACAAGGAAAUUGCCAAAGAAAGGGUGGAAGAAUCAGUAGAUGUUAAGAGGGCUGAAAGUGUACACAAGGAAAUUGUCACUGACAGUGAAAAUAUUCAAAUGAGAGCUGAACAAGAACAUGUAGAUCAGGAAGCUGAAGCAACAGAUGUAGUUGUGGAACCUGAUGAAAAGAUCAAAACUGAAAGUGAGGAGCCAGAAUGCUUAUCACAUGAAAUAAUCUCUGUCAGUGACAUUUCAAGAGGUGAUACAACUGCUGCAGAUGUGGAGAGCAAGGAUGAAGUUAAUUUAAAAAAUGAACCUCCAGAAGAUAUUUGUGUAGUCACAACAGAGGAGGAGGUUAAAGAAAAGCACCCAGUUUCAGCAAUAGAAGCAAGAGAGGACCUGGUUGAACAGGAUGUCUCAAUGUCAGAAACUGAACAGACAUCCAAGGUAGAACCUCAGUUUCCACACAGAACAUCUAAAGAUGGCAACACUUAUUUGAUCAAAGAGGAAGAGGAGGCCAUUUUGCCGGAGGACAAUGGGCUCCUGUUUCUUGAUGAUGGGAGGAAUUCUACUGAAGCAGUGGGAGAAGCACAGAAAGCUCAAAUUCAUAGGGGAACAGACAGAGAGCUUCUAAAUAUUCAUGAGUGGCACAGAGAUAAUCAGUUAAAACCCGAUUCAGGACUCGCUGAAAACAGAGAGAGGAUAUUGCUUAGGCUGUCCCCAUUGGUUAUGGCUGAAGCAGUGGAGGAAGAAGAAGGGGAGGAGGAGGAAGGCCUGAGGCCUCCGCUCAGGAGUUUCUCCCCUCAGGAGGACCUGUCUGCCUUUGGCCAUGAGGCCAUGCUCUCAGCACCUGAGCCGUUCCAGUUUCUACACCAUGACGAGGAAGUGGCCGCAGAACUGGAUUAUGAUAUCAUCACCCAGCAAGAGGCAAGCGAGCUUCCAAAACUGGAGACUGAAGUAGUCAAAGAGACAGAAUCCCCAGAACUUCCCGAUGAAGCCCUUGAUUCCAUGCAAGAGGUCGAUAGAGAUCAAGGGCUCGAGGCAGACUAUGAAAUCAUUGAAUCCUUGGAUGGAAUCCCCCUGUCUGAGGCUGAAAUGGUCAAAACCGAUUUGAAAAGAGAAAGCUUAAACACCUUCUGUUUGGUCUGCCGGUGCCCAAUUUCAGCUGAGGAUAAACUUUCUGGUGAACAUCAGGACCAUGAAGUCACGACUGUGGAAAAGGCGUAUGAGGAAAUAAGGAAUAAACUGAGUGAGCGUAUUUCCGUCUUGCAAGAAAGAUCAGAAAAUGUUACCGACCUGGUGUCGGAACUCGAAUUGGCAUACAAUUCAGUAGAGGAUCACUGCAAAACCAGCGAGCAGCGUCUGGAUGAGCAGAACGAUGAGAUCAUGAAGAUGGUGAUGGAUCAGUACAACGAGAUGUCCCAGAACAUGGAGGAGGAGAAGAAGGCAAAGCUGGAGCAGCUCUACGAUCGGAUCGUCUCUUUCCAGGAGAGCAUCGACUCGGCCAAGGAGGCCCUGGAAAAGUCCACCAAGGAGAUCGAGGAGACGGAUCCACUCACACUUGAGACUUCAUCCAAAGACAUUAACACGAGCUUGACCACUGCUCUGGAUGCUGCUCUAUCUUUGGAGCUCACCCCCAGUGCAUUCCCCCUGUUUGAAGACUACGCGAAGAGCCCCUCUGGAAAUGGCCGAAAGGAACUGAAAGGAAUCCCAGUCCCUCAGAAGCCCCACCUACAGCCACAGGAGCCCAACUCGGCCACCAGCACCUCCGUCACGGUUUACUGGAAGGUCAACGAGGGUGACAUCAUCGACUGCUUUCAGGUCUACUGUAUGGAGGAGCCUCAAGGAGCCGUAUCUGAGGAGUACAGAGUAACGGUGAAGGAGAGCUACUGCACACUGGAGGACCUGGAAGCAGACAAGUGCUACAAGGUGUGGGUGAUGGCUGUCAACUACACAGGCUGCAGCCUGCCAAGUGAGAAGCUGUCCUUCAGAACUGCACCUUCUGUUCCCGUGAUCGACACGGAGAAGUGCACGGUAUGCUGGGAUUCCGCCAUCAUACGCUGGAGCCCCACUCACCCAAACGCGGUGGAAAGCUACACCCUGGAGUACUGCCGACAGUACGCCUGCGAGGGGGAGGGGCUUAGGUCCACAUCUGGGAUACGGGAGUGCGAGCAGAAAGUUCUGCUGCUCGCAAGCGAGAAUUACCUCUUCUACAUCAAAGCCGCCAACUCUUUCGGUGCCAGCGAGCAGAGUGAGGCCGCGCUCAUCUCCACCAGAGGCACCAGGUUCCACCUGCUGCCGGACUCGGCCCCCCCGGCUCUGGAGCUGUCUGAAGACCGGGCCACUGUGUACUACCACGAGGAGGCCUUCAACCAACGGGCCAACAUCAAUGAGUGCCUGAGUAUCCAGGGGGAGCUGUUGCCCCCCCGUGGGUACCACUAUUGGGAGACGACGGUGGGCAGCAGCGACGCCUACAGGAUCGGUGUGGCGUAUCCUGAGACGGCCCGCGACAACCCACUGGGGGAGGACAGCACUUCCUGGUGCAUUCACUGUGUUCCCACGGCAACCAGCUGCAGGUUCGAGCUCCUCCACGACAAUGCGCAGACCGCCAUCUUUACGGUGGAGGUGCCCACGAGGAUCGGCACCCUGCUGGACUUCAUCCGCGGGCGGCUGUCCUUCUUCAACGCCCAGAGCGGGCAGCUCCUGGGGUCGCACUGGCACAGGUUCGCCAGCGGGUGCCAGGCGGUGCUGGCACUGGAGCGGCCUGGCGCCCUGGAGUUGCACAUGGUCUCGGAGGUGCCCGAGUUCGCCAAGCACUAACCCGUGCCAGUCUCGCUCUCAGUCGCAUCGACCCAAAACACGCACGCACCAACACGUACACCCCAUCGUGGGUCGGAUCGGAGAUGAGAGUCGCUGAAAAACAAGUCAGGAGAAACAAGGAAGAAUUUUUUGCUAGUUUGCUAUGUUUAGUACUUUAAUUAUGCUCGUGUGAUUGUGAUCAGACAUUUAUGAGUAUAGAAAUAUUGCUUUACUGAUUUAUCACAGUUGGGUAGUACUGUAUCCUUCAUUUUUUAUGUAGAUGCCAGCAUAGUGUUUAGCAGUGCAGUGAAGCACUUUCUUUAGCUAAGGUUAUGUGCAAUGGUUAAGAUGGUUCAGGGGAAAAAUAAAUGUAAAUAUUUUUAAACAAAUAUCAUUUACAGUGUAUUUUAUUAAAGAUAAGAGGGCUUUC